AUGUUGGCAAAGACCAUUCUUUCCAUCCUCGCAUCCACUCUUUUGGUUUCAACCUCCUUGGCUCAAGAGGCCUUUGUAUCCACCGAUGGUGCUACCUUUACCUUGGGUGGCUCAAAAUUCUAUUUUGAAGGCACCAAUGCAUAUUACUUAAUGAACAGCGCCCAAUCCGAUGUCCAAGAGUUGUUCAAGCAAGCUAGCAGUGCUAAGCUUCCAGUGGUGCGCACUUGGCUUUUCAACUCGGGUUCAGAUGACGUCUGGUUCCAAAAAUGGGACAAGAGCUCCAACAAAAUGAUCAUCAACGACGAUGAUGACACUGGCUUGGGUCGUAUGGAUUAUGUGUUGCAACAAGCAGCAAAAAACAACGUCAAGGUUAUCUUUGCAUUCACCAACAACUGGGUAGAUUAUGGUGGCAUGGAUUACUAUACCCAGAACAUGGGUGGCAAAUAUCAUGAUGAUUUCUACACCAACCAAGAUAUCAUUGAUGCUUACAAGGCUUACAUUGAACAUGUACUCAAUCGAAAGAACUCGCUUACUGGUAAAGCUUACAAGGACGAUCCUACUAUUUUUGGCUGGGAAUUGGCAAAUGAGCCUCGUUGUGAAGGAGGAGGCAGCUUGCAAAAGUCAUCAAAGUGUAAUACGGACACCAUCACCCAAUGGGCGGAUGAUAUUAGCACGUACAUCAAGUCCAUUGACAAAAACCAUCUCGUGGCUGUUGGCGAUGAAGGUUUCUUCAAUGAUGCCUCCUCGAGCGAUUGGGCGUACAAUGGUGGUAGUGGAAUUGACUUUGAUGCUCUCAUCGCUCUCAAGAACAUUGACUUUGGCACUUUUCAUCUUUAUCCCGACAGCUGGAAUGAAAACCCUGAUUCAUGGGCAACCAAGUGGAUCAAGGACCACAUUAGCUCCCAAAAUGAUGCUGGCAAGCCUGUGAUUAUGGAAGAAUAUGGCGUGAGCGCUGAUUUACGUGCAAGUGUGUAUCCUUCUUGGCAAAAAACCGUUGAGGAUGGUGACUUGGCUGCGGAUGCUUUUUGGCAACUCGCUGUACCUUGCAAUCCUGACCUUGAUGAAUUUGCCUUGUGUUCAAGCGAUGAUGAUUUUGGCACUAUCAUUGGUGAGCACGCGUCUGCCAUGGCAUCUAAGGUGAGUAUUAAUGCGAGUGUGGAUCUAUGUACAAGACGUAUGGCCAUUAACUUUUAG